AUUUCUUGUAUGGACGAAGAACAUAAUCACAUAAUAGAAAUCACACCUGAACAUAUUUCAUUAUCCCUUGAUAAUUUAUCAACUUCCUUCAAUAUUCUUAAUCUUACUUUACAUUAUGUCCCUUAUAAAAUUAUUUCUCCAAAUCCUAUGAUAUUUCAUAUCCAACCUGCUGAAGGUAAAUCAUUUAAUAAUUAUAUUCAGGAAUCAUAGAUCCGUGUGAAGGUACCGAUAUUAAAAUAACUGCAAUCAUUACAAGUUCAAUGAAUUUUUAAUGCUUUGAAAAAAACAAUAAAUUAACUAUAUUAGCAUUAGAUGAUUAAGAAACUGAAUGGAAAAAUGUAUUAAUUGAAAAUAUUUAAAGGUAAUGUGUAAUAUUCUUUAUUUAGACAUGAUAUUUAAAUAAAUAUGGUAAGAAAUGCAAAUCCUUUUGUGAAAAUUGCAGAUAAUGUUAUUAUAGCGUAAAUUUUUGAGAAUUUCAAAUUUACAGAAGAAGAAAAGAAAAUAAUAAUCGAUUACAUAAUGAAUAAAUACGGUAAGACUUCUAAUUACAAUAUAUCAAAUACAAUAAUGAUUUUUAGAUAUUAAAAUUCGGUUUAAGGGGAUAUCCAUCUAAUUUAAUAUCCUGAUUCUAAUCAAUAUUUUAUAUUACGAACUUAUUCUCCUUGUUUAUUAUAGAAUACACCUCCUAAAUAUUAAUUAGAACCUAUGAGUCCUUAAGCGAAAAAGAAAAUAAAAUAAAUUGAAUAACCAUAAUAGGAGACUCAAAAACCAAAAAAAUCAAAAGAUGAUUUUAAAACUAAUUUAAAAUCUUCAGUUGAAAAAAAAGAAUCAAGAUAAUAAAAACAAGCAUCAUCAUUUUUAUAAGAAUAACCUAAUUAAUAAAAUGAGGAAGAAUAAUAAUAAAUUACGGCAAAUUAGUUUUAAGAAUAAUAAUAAAAUGAUGGUAAAAAGGAUAGUAUAUAAAUAAAUGAAGAUGUUAAAUAAAAGGUAGAUUAAAAUACAUCAUAAAAUAAUUAAAGUUAAGAAAUAAAUUAAGAAGUAGAUAAGAAGAAUAUUGAAUAAUAAUAAUUAAUUUAAUCAGUAAUUAUAAAAAGUUAAACAGAAAAUUCAACUCCAAGAAGACAAAGAUAUUAUCAAUCAGAAAUAAUACCUAAAAAUUAAUUAGAAUAAUUUAGAUAAGAUAGGCUAGAAUCUAGUGAAAAAUAAAAAAUUAAAUAUAAUCUUAAAGGUAAUUUAAAAAAUUUGGCUCCUUUUGAAAUGGAAAAAAAGUAACAAAUAAAUGUUUCUGAUAAAUAAUAUCUUGAAUAAAAUCCUCCAAGAUUUAAUAUGAGAGCAAAUUAUAAUACAUAUUCAAAGAUACACUUAGUUUUAUUAUUUAAAGAUCAUUCUUAUUUAAUAACAGUUUCAGAUAAAGAAGUAAUAACAGUUUGGAAUUUGAAUCUGAAUUCAGAAGAAGGUAAAAUUAGAGAUCAUAGUGAAAUGAAGAAAAUAAGAAUUUAGAGAAUAUUUGAAUGGGCAGAUUCAUAAGAAAAGAAAUUCGGAACACUGGGAACAGAUUACUUAAUAAGAAUAUUUAGUAUAGAAGAAAUGAGACUUAAAUAUAUAUGGAAGAUAGAAGAUCUAAGUGAAAUAACGUAUAAUCAUAAAUAAAUUUAGAUCGAUAGCAUUUUUAUCUGAUAAAGAUUAAGUUUGUAUAGCAGGAACACCUUUAAAAUAAUUUCAUAUAUUCGGAAGCAAAUAUCCUAGAUAUAGAUUUUUAAGAAUUUAUAAUUCGCAUAGUUUAAAACAAAUUCUAUCUGAAAAAAUAAAUGUAAAUGAUGGUUAAAUAUUGAAUCCAGUUGAAUAUACUGAUAAGUAAUCAUUUUUUAUAUUAUUUAUAGUGAAAAUAUGAAACAUGCUAGAUUAAAUAAUAUUUUAGCUGUUAAUAAAUGCUAUAAGGAAAAAGAUGGAGGAGAAAUCUUAUUUUUCUUAGUAGAUAUGUCAAAUAUUUGUACUCAAAUAUUAACAUUAACAUAUGAAUAGAUUUAAGUUUGGAGUGUAAAAAGUCUCUAUUAUCUACCUUCUAGAGGAAGUUUUGUAGUAAUAGAAAACAAUCCACCAAAAUCUUAUAACUAAAAUGUACAUUUUACUAUUAGUAUUAUUUAGAAAAUAUUUGUUAUUAAUAUCAAAUAAUUGUAGACUGCUGAUGGAUUAAAAAAAAAUGGAAUUGUUUGCAAAAAAUUUGAAGACUCUUCAGUUCUUGAUGAUGAAAUAUAUGUUUUACCAAAAUAAGAAUAUUUACUUAAAGUAAAAGGAGAUAUUGUUUAAUUAAUUGACUUAAAAACAGAGGUUUAACUUAGUCUUAAGAUCUCAUAAUAAAUGGGUGAACAUCCAUAAAAUAUUAUUUAAUCAGGAUAAAUUAUUAGAAUUGAUGGAGAAAAUUUGUAAAUAUUUGAAUUAAAAUGCUGA